UGUCGCGAAGAGGCGCACGGUGCCUCACACCACGGAGAAUAAGCCAGCCUGGGUACGUUAUCCCAGUCUUCUCUUCGUUCAUAAAGCCCGUCACGUAGGAUCUCCGCAUACCGUACCCGCCCCCCUUUAUACCCACAAAGUAUCGCCGAGGCCUCUAUUUAAUCGCGGUCCCUCCCCUGUCCUCUAAUCAGCCUCCACACUUACGUACCUUACGAUGCCUACAAUGAAGUCCCGACGUAGUGCAGUGCUCAGGCUGCUUAUCAAGUGCGCCUUAGCCAUGGCCACUCUAGCUAUGACGAUCAAAUAUUGUACGCUUGAACUUGAUGAUAUCAUUCACGAACCCAUCGAGGAGUUCUCCUUGGAGAAACAUCCCUACGUUCCGCCUACAGAGUGGGACAGUCGCUCGCCGUGUCCCGCCUUGAACACGCUAGCGAACCACGGCUUUCUCCCACACAACGGCCGGGGCGCGACGAAGAAAGAUUACAUCCGCGCGCUACGCCAGGGAUACAACCUGUCCCUCCCGCUCGCAACGUUCCUCACCGUAAGCGGGCACGUCCUGCUCUCACAGUACUCCCACCUCUCGCUGGCGGACCUCGCGCGGCACAACUGCAUCGAGCACGACAUGUCGCUCGGGCACUGGGACACGCUCCAGACGCAGGAAUAUGCGCCUGACAGGCCUAGCGAGUGGCUCUUCGACCGCGUGCUCGCACACUCGUCCGACGGGAAGCGGAUGACGCUGUGCGAGCUCGCGGCGGCGCGCGUCGAGCGCGAGAGCACGUACGCGCACAAGCUGGAUGCGGUGCACGAGGAGAUCGCGCGCGGGGAGAUGUCGAUGGUGCUUGGUGUCUUUGGGGGGAAGGACGGGCGUGUGCCAGUGGACUGGCUGAAGGAGUGGUGGGAGAACGAGCGGUUCCCUGAGGGAUUCAAGCCUGACCACCAGCAGACGCUCCUGGACACAGUUCGCGGAUCGUGGAAGAUCAGGAGGGCCAUGAACGAGAUGGCGCAAAAUGCGAGCACGAAGCCCACAUAGUUCGGAUUCAGAGGGCAUUGAUCAUGAUGACCUAUUUAACUUAUCACCGUGUGGUGUAUCUAUUUUGCAUAUUUGGUAGUGUAGCACGGUAGAUGUUUGUAUGAUACUGACCUGAUAUCCGAUGGACUUCGAUGA